AUGGCAUAUUGUGAUUUUCGUGGGAAAGCAAUAGAAAUCUCGAAAAAAGCUACUGAAGAAGAUGCAAAGGAAAACUACGAACAAGCUUAUAAAUUAUAUCAGAAUGCAUUAGAGUACUUUAUGGCUGCAAUAAAAUGUACGUCACCAAUUUCGCGGUGGACGUUGUUGUUAAGUAUUCAAACAUAUUGUAUCCGGUUCCUAUAUGUAAACAAUUCAUCGAUAGACGAGAAAAAUGAACGUUCUAAACAGACUAUUCGAAAAAAACUUACCGAGUACCUUGAACGCGCAGAAAAAUUAAAAGAGUAUUUAAACAGUAAGGAAGAAAAACAAAAGAGCAGAGAAAACAAACCCCAAAAGAAAGGUACUAAGGCGAAUGGAGGCAAAAAAAAGGACUCAAGCGAUGAAGAAGAUGAGGAAGUUGAUGCAGAUACAAAAAAAAUGCGGGAGGCAUUAUCAAGUGCAAUUCUUAGCGAAAAACCGAAUGUACAUUGGGAAGAUAUUGCGGGAUUGGAAGCCGCUAAGGAUGCAUUAAAAGAAGCAGUAAUUUUGCCUAUGAAGUUUCCUCAAUUGUUUACUGGUAACCGAAAACCGUGGGCUGGUAUAUUAUUAUAUGGACCUCCGGGAACCGGAAAAUCUUAUCUUGCGAAAGCUGUUGCUACCGAAUCAAAUUCCACUUUUUUUUCCGUUUCAUCCUCUGAUUUAGUUAGUAAAUAUAUGGGUGAAAGCGAACGUCUUAUUAAAAAUCUUUUCACAAUGGCUCGUAAAAGUAAACCAGCCGUUAUUUUCAUUGAUGAAGUUGAUUCUUUAUGUGGUCAACGUGGGGAAGGAGAAAACGAGCCGAGUCGACGAAUUAAAACAGAGUUUUUAGUUCAGAUGAACGGUGUGGGACAUGAUGACAGUGGGAUUUUAGUGCUUGCGGCAACGAAUAUUCCAUGGGAAUUGGAUAUGGCGAUUAGGCGUCGAUUUGAGAAAAGAAUAUACAUACCGCUUCCAGAUUUUCACGCAAGAGCGAAAUUAUUUGAAUUAAACGUAGGAGUUUCGGAAUGUAAAUUUUCUAAAAAGGACGAUCAGGGAAAUGUUAAACACCUUAACAAGGAUGAUGUUUUUUUAUCACUAGGUGAAAGAACAGAAGGGUAUUCGGGUUCAGAUAUCUCGAUUGUUGUUCGGGAUGCUUUGAUGGCGCCUAUACGUAAAGUUCAAACAGCAACACAUUUCAGAUGGCCGUGUUCACCUGGAGCACCUGGAGCCAUAGAAAUGACAUGGAAAGAGGUUAAGUCUGAACAGUUAAAGGAGCCUGAUUUAACUUUUGAAGACUUAGACAGAGCAGCAAGUUUCGUUAAACCGACUGUAAACUCUGAAGAUCUUGGAAAAUAUAUUAGGUUCACAGAAGAUUUUGGUCAAGAUGGUUAA